AUGAGACUCCUGGUGUUGGCUGCUCUGCUCACAGUGGGCGCUGGCCAGGCCGGCCUCAACUCGAGGGCGUUAUGGCAGUUCAACGGCAUGAUCAAGUGCAAGAUCCCCAGCAGUGAGCCACUGCUGGAUUUCAACAACUAUGGCUGCUAUUGUGGCCUGGGUGGAUCAGGGACCCCUGUGGAUGAUCUGGACAGGUGCUGCCAGACACAUGACAACUGCUACAAACAAGCCAAGAAACUGGACAGCUGUAAAGUCCUCGUGGACAAUCCCUACACCAACAGCUACUCAUACUCAUGUUCUAACAAACAGAUCACCUGCAGCAGCGAAAACAAUGCCUGUGAGGCCUUCAUCUGCAACUGUGACCGUAAUGCCGCCAUCUGCUUCUCAGAGGUGCCAUACAACAACGAGCACAAGAACCUGGACAAGAAGUACUGCUAG